AUCCCGCCUCGCUGGCGUUCUUUCUAGUCAGACGCCGCUCGCACUUUCCUUGCACUCACGCUGGUUCCUGCCCCCCGCCCCGGGUUCUUUGCUGCUGCUGCCGCCGCCGCCGAGCCCGCUUGCAGUCGCUCUGCGAUCCGGUCGCACCGUUUCAUGCAUGACUGGAGGAAGGUUCGACUUCGAUGAUGGCGGGAGUUACUGCGGCGGCUGGGAAGACGGCAAAGCCCACGGCCACGGCAUCUGUACGGGGCCAAAGGGCCAGGGCGAGUACAGCGGCUCCUGGGCGCACGGCUUCGAGGUGGUGGGAGUGUACACCUGGCCGAGCGGCAACACCUACCAGGGCUAUUGGAACCAGGGCAAGCGCCACGGGCUGGGGGUAGAGACCAAGGGGCGCUGGCGUUACCGCGGCGAGUGGACCCAUGGCUUCAAGGGCAGGUACGGGCUCCGCCAGAGUCUCAACAGCCCGGCCAGGUACGAGGGCACAUGGAACAACGGGCUGCAGGAUGGAUACGGCGUGGAAACGUACGGAGACGGCGGAACGUACCAGGGACAAUGGGCUGGAGGAAUGCGUCAUGGAUAUGGUGCACGUCACAGUGUGCCAUUUGGAAUGGCCACUGUCAUCCGUUCGCCACUCCGCACCUCGCUAGCAUCGCUUCGAAGUGAACAGAGCAAUGGCACAAUUCUCCAAGAUAUACCUGCAGACAGUCCAGCUGGGACAAGAGGUGGGUUUGUCCUCACCUUUCACAGUGAUACGGAAUUAAUGACUGGUAAAAAGAAGGGCUUUUUCAGAAGAGGAUCAUUACUGGGAAAUCUAAAACUCAAAAGGUCUGAGUCCAAGUCGUCGCUUGCCAGCAAACGCAGCUCUGCUCGGAGUGAAGCAUCAAUGAGUAGAAUAAGUUCGGCAAAUAGUGAUGCUAAUUCGACAAUCAGUUUUGGAGAAGGUGAUUCUGAAUAUUUACCAGUGGAAGAUCAUGUUGAUGCUACUACAACUGAAUCGUAUGUGGGGGAAUGGAAAAAUGAUAAACGAAGUGGGUUUGGUGUAAGCGAGCGUUCAAAUGGUAUGAAGUAUGAGGGAGAAUGGUUGAAUAAUCAGAGGAAUGGUUAUGGAUCUACUACCUUUCCUGAUGGCACUAAAGAAGAAGGAAAAUAUAAAAAUAACAUUUUGGUUCGAGGAAAGAAAAAGCACCUUAUACCCAUUAGAACCAGCAAAAUUAAAGAAAAAGUGGAGAGAGCAUUAGAAGGAGCACAUAGAGCUGCAGCAAUUGCAAGAACGAAGAUGGAUAUAGCAGCUUCGAGAACCGUGCAUGCAAGGGCCAAAGCUGAUGCAGCGGAUGGUGCUGCACAAGCUGCGCGCCAGGAAUCCGACAUUGCAAGGGGAGUUGCUAGGGAAUUGUCACCAACCUUCUGCCAGCCAGGUCUUGACUACAUUAAGCAGAAAGUGCAGGAGGCAAUGGGAUAUACAGAGAAGAAAGAAGAACCUCCACCGCCAAAAGAAACAAAACCAGCAUCAGUAAAUAACAGUCCCCAUUUCUACAGGAAAGGUACAACACCAUCACAUACUCCUGAACAUAGUCCUGGGCCCACACCACCUCCAUCACCACCAAUCUACAAGAAAACUCCUGAUACCAGUUGCAAUAAGGGCUCUUCCAGCAGUGUAAACAAGGAUGUAUCAGGAGCUUCAUUGAAUCGGCAAGUAUCAAAAAGUGCCACCAAGCAGAACAGUGAGUGGAAACAGCCGAAGUCGCCAGCUUACAAUACUACGACUGCCGGCAACGGACAGUUACAUAGCGCAUAUCAUGGUUACUUAGUGCGCACCGAAGUAAAACUGCCACCUGACGAGCCAGAAGAUCAGGCCAAUCCCUCGCCAAUGUUACUCGGAAGGCAACCACCCCCGCCAAAACCAACCUUCACAAGGCUGUCGCCUAUAAAGUCUUCUGUCAAAGAAAAAAAAUUGGAGCCAAAAUUGAAGAAACAGUUACCUGUUGUUGUUCCUGAACCAAAGAAAUUGUUAAAAUCCCAAGCUGAUAGUGUGGAAGAAUCAGAAGAAAUGGAAGAGUCGAGUCCAAAUACAAUCUUGGUCAUCUUGGUUAUGCUGUUGAAUAUUGGUUUAGCUAUUCUUUUUGUCCAUUUCCUGACUUGACGAGAAUUUGCCGAGCUGUGCCUGAAUGUGAUUCAACAUAAUUAUUUAAUGAUCUAACUGUUUUGACCCUUCAGUGAAGUCAUGAAAAUUAAGGGUAUUAGCCGUCAGUUCUCUGCAGUUGUUCCAUCAGCCUUAUUACUGACACCAGACAUGCUGAGACACAGGAAAAGAGGCUUGAAUUUGGUGUGGUACUCAGGAAAGAUGAGACAUGGAAAUUAAGUCAGGGGCUGAUGUGUCCCCUGGUGAUGAUUUGUGGCUCUGGAUCCUCUGAAACUGAAGCAAGUGGCCGUGUUGUUGGAAAUAUCUGCUGAACCAGCCUAACCACUGAAGUGCAUGGCUGUUCCAUCUGCUCUUGCGAAGUGUGACUUAACUGGAAAUGUACAGACUGCACUUUUGUUGAUGGACGGUAACAGCUGCCUUACUUUUUUACUGUCUUGCCAUGUAGUUGGGAGAAGGGUACGGCUGCCAGAGGAAUGUGGUUGGAAGAUUCUAUGCUGUGAAUGCAAUUUCCAGUGGCUUCUCAUAUCUCGUUAAAAGGAGUACAUUAGCAGCAUCACUCACCCAGUCUUAUUCCAUUACCUGCUGUUCAUAUCAUCUUGUACUGUGUUCUGGGAGAUUCUGAAAAACAGUUCACAUACUUUUUGCAUGGAAAUUAUACAUUUUCUGUCACUGAUUAAACUUUUCUUUUUGUCUAAUAUUUAGAGCAUUUAUUUAAAUCAAAACAAGUUCCUUUCCUUUGCCAUCAGUUACUGAAAUUGGAUCGUCUGUUUGGUUAAUGAGAUUUUCUGAAGCGUGGUAAACCGUAAACCCAAAUUAACAUAUGUGUGAACACCAAGAAACCAGAAUUAAGGAUGGGGAUCUUUUUUGCAUGUGGAUUUUAUUUUAAUGGAAUUAAUUUUAUUGAGUUGAAUACAUUCAGGUAGAGCAUUGUAAUUUGAAUGUUAAAGAAACUGACGCCUUUACAAGUCUUCAGAAAUGAUCAUGUUUACCUCAAAUGUAUUGGCCUCUGAGGACUUUUUUGGAAUGUUUGUGGAAUAUCUGUCUUAAUUAUUUUAAUUGACUCUAAUUAACGUAGUCAAAGGUGAUUUCUGUAUCAUUUUGUUUUAUUACUCCAUGUUUUUUGUGGUGGCAUGUUUAUUUCAAAGGGUUGAGUAUUUGAAGUGAUUGAUUUUAGACUAGAGCACUAGAUUUAUAUUAAUCUCAAAAAAUGCAAGGGCUGGAUAACUUAAUAAAAGAAUCUAUAUAUAUAUAAAUAUAUAUAUGUGUGUUGUAGAAAAAUUAACUAUUCCACAGGUACUGACUUGAAAUGUGUCCCGUAUGUUAGUUUGCAUGGUUCCAUGCAAAAUAGUAUCAUUGGGGCAGUUUCAUUUGGUAUCAAGAAAUCAGUACUGUUUGUGGAGUUAGUAAAUGCUACAUUAUUUAUAAUCUGAAAUCACUUUGAUUUCAGAUCAGUAAUAGAUGGUGUUUUUUGCAGAGGUGUGUUCUGAAUCCUAUGUAUGUAAACAGUGUGAAAUGAAGAAGAGAAUUGAAAAGGCAAAGAGAAUAAAAGAUUAAUUGUCUUCAAUGUGCAUCAAAUCUGACCUUACUGCAGAUGGAAAUUUUAACUCAGAACGUGCCAUUGGGUCAGUGCAAAUGUAACGGAAGCUUAUGUAGAAACCUUUUUGUCUGGCACAAAAAUCGAGAGUUGUUGGGAAUGUUUUUUUGGAAAUGAACUUCACUUUAGUAAUUUAAUUUAAAAAAAGGAAUUUUCUUAUUAAAAUCAUGAGCUUUUUUAAGAAGCAUGAGCCAGAAACUGCUGGCAUUUUUCUAAAUGUACACAGCUCUAUUUUAGCAUGGAUCCUUUUUGUCUUUUUUUAAAAUAAAUGACAUGCUAUACACAUCUUUAUAUUUAUCAAAUGAUACGCCAAGUGGACAACUCUUCUGAGUUGUCAAUAAAUUGUUAUCUAUUCUAACAUUUUGAAAGUCUUUUUCUGGUGUUCGAAACUUUGGAAUUAUUUAAUUCUGUUCUUUGUAAACCUAUCAUCCUUUAUUUGUUCUGUGCAGUUUACUUGACUGUAAUUGCUUGAGAAUAAAACUAUUAUUUGUUCCUACAGUCACA